AUGCGGUUCCUCCUCGCGUGCCUUCUAGGAGCCGUGGCCGUAGUUGCUGAUGACCUUCGGCAGGAAGUGGAGGCUUUGAAGGCCCAGGUUCUUGCACAGCGCGAGCUCUAUGAGGAGCAGAAGCAGAUGUUGGCCGAGUUGAAAGCCGAGCGGCGGCUGCAGACGGGCUGGGUGACCCAAGCGGAGCUGACCGCUCAGGUGACCGCGCUACAGAACGCGGACUACAGCCUUGGUGGUGCCCUGGACUCCGCUUGGCUGUGCUUGUGCGGUGCCUUGGUGAUGUUCAUGCAUGCUGGCUUCGCCAUGCUGGAGACGGGCAGUUGCCGCGUGAAGAAUGCCUCCAACGUCUUGAUGAAGAACUUGGUGAACGUCUGCGUUGGGACGCUUGGGUGGUGGGUCUUCGGAUGGGCCUUCGCCUAUGGCAGUCAAGGAACUCCCAAAAAUGGCUUCAUUGGGACUGAUGGAUUCUUUGGCAUCGGCUUCUACACGAUGGAUGCCACCACCGGCGUCAUCUCACCUCUGGCAUCAUGUAAUGCGGAUGGAUGCCAAAGCACGAUGCUGAGCUGGUUCUUCCAAUGGGCAUUUUGCACGGCGGGAGCGACCAUCGUGAGCGGUGGCGUGGCCGAGCGCGUGAAGAGCCCCACCUAUGCCGUGUACGCCUUCUUCAUGGCCAGUUUCAUCUACCCGAUAAUCGUGGCAUGGUCCUGGGGCGGCGGAUUCCUGGCAACUGUCACCUCUGUAGGCUACAUGGACUUUGCAGGCAGCGGUGUGGUGCACCUGACCGGCGGCGUGAGCGCCCUGGCCGGCACGGUGGUGCUGGGCCCACGCAAGGGCCGUUUCGAGAACCCGGAGGAAUUUGAGUGCCAUAAUCUGCCUUUGGUCGUGCUUGGCACCUUCGCAUUGUGGUUUGGCUGGUACGGCUUCAAUCCGGGGUCCACGCUGGGCAUGCACGAUGGCGCGACGGGUGCCCUGGCCGCGCAGGUGGCAAUGAACACCACGCUGGCCGCUGCCACCGGUGGCAUCACGGUCUUCAUCCUCCGGUAUGCCAUUACGAGGAAGUAUGAUGUGGGCGGCCUCUGCAACGGCAUCCUAGCUGGCUUGGUGUCCAUCACGGCCGGUUGCGGCAACGUGGAGUGCGGCAGUGCCUUUGCAAUCGGCCUGGUUGGCGCAUUUGUGUAUCAGGCUUCAUCCAUGCUUCUGCAAAAGCUGAAGAUUGACGAUCCGGUGGAUGCCAGCCCGGUGCACGGCUUCUGCGGCAUCUGGGGUGUGCUAGCAGCAGGGUUCCUCGACUGGGGCAAGGGCGUGGACCAUUACCACGGCUGGUCAGGAUGGGGCUGCGUGAUGGACGGCGCUGCCUGCAAAACCGGUCUCUUUGGCGAUGCCAUUGGCGCUCAGUUUGCCCUCAUUGCCAUGGUCAUUCUCUGGUCCGGCUCGCUUUCAACCCUGGCCUUCCUGGUCCUGAAGCUCACUGGCCUUCUGCGUAUCUCUGAGGAGGUGGAGGAGGUCGGCAUCGACACCAAGAACCCUGUGAGCACCUGCUCCGAUGAAUGCCAGCAUGGCCAAGCCUUCCUGGCUGCCCGGCAUGGAUUCACACCGCAGCCAUGGGCUCACCGCUUGCUCUCCAAGAAGGAUAAAAAAGAGGUUGCACUGGCAACGGCUGACAUCCUGGAAAAUGAGCUUGGCUCGUUGCGAUCAGAGGUGUUGGCACAAAGAAAGCUGAUAGAGGAGCAGGUGCAACGCUUUGAGUCCUUGGCGCAACCUCGCCAGCUUCAGACAGCUUACCUGACUGACACGGAGUUUACUACUCAGGUGACGGCACUGCAGAACGAACAGUACAAACUCGGCGGUGCAUUGGACUCCGCUUGGCUGUGCCUGUGCGGUGCCUUGGUGAUGUUCAUGCAUGCUGGCUUCGCCAUGCUGGAGACGGGCAGCUGCCGUGCGAAGAAUGCCUCCAACGUCCUCAUGAAGAACUUGGUGAACGUGACGGUAGGAACCCUUGGGUGGUGGGUUUUCGGAUGGGCCUUCGCCUAUGGCAGUCAAGGAACUCCCAAAAAUGGCUUCAUUGGAACCGACGGUUUCUUUGGCAUCGGCUUCUACACGAUGGAUGCUACCACCGGCGUCAUCUCACCUCUGGCAUCGUGUGAUGCAGAUGGAUGCCAAAGCACGAUGCUGAGCUGGUUCUUCCAAUGGGCAUUUUGCACGGCGGGAGCGACCAUUGUGAGCGGUGGCGUGGCCGAGCGUGUGAAGAGCCCCACCUACGCCGUCUACGCCUUCUGCAUGACGAGCUUCAUCUACCCGAUCGUCGUUGCAUGGUCCUGGGGCGGUGGCUGGUUGGCCUCCGUGCUGGAUGUGGGCUACAUGGACUUUGCUGGCAGCGGCGUGGUGCAUUUGACGGGCGGCGUCAGUGCCUUGGCCGGCACGGUGGUGCUCGGCCCACGCAAGGGACGUUUCGUGAGUCCGGAGGAGUUUGAGUGCCACAGCUUGCCUUUGGUCGUGCUUGGCACUUUCGCGUUGUGGUUUGGCUGGUAUGGCUUCAACCCGGGCUCCACGCUGGGCAUGCAUGAUGGGGCGACGGGUGCCUUGGCCGCGCAGGUGGCAAUGAACACCACGCUGGCCGCUGCCACCGGUGGCAUCACGGUUUUCAUCCUCCGAUAUGCCGUCAUGAAAAAGUACGAUGUGGGCGGCCUUUGCAAUGGCAUUUUGGCGGGCUUGGUGUCCAUCACCGCCGGCUGUGGCAACGUGGAGUGCGGCAGUGCCUUUGCAAUUGGCUUGGUUGGCGGCCUGGUGUACCAGGCUUCAUCCAUGCUGCUGCAAAAGCUCAAGAUCGACGAUCCGGUGGAUGCCAGCCCGGUGCACGGCUUCUGCGGCAUUUGGGGUGUCCUGGCAGCUGGCCUCUUUGAUUGGGGCAAGGGCUUUGACCAUUACCACGGCUGGAGUGGCUUUGGUUGCAUGCCGGUCAGCGAGACAGAUUCCACAUGCCAGACAGGAAUCGGCGGCACUGCGAUCGGAGCUCAGUUCAUCCUGGUGCUGAUGGUGAUCGUCUGGGCUGGAAGCCUGUCAGGUCUGGCCUUCCUCGUUUUGAAGAAAACCGGGCUGCUGCGCAUCGAUGAGUACACGGAAGAAGUCGGCAUGGACGUGAAGCAGCACUCGCCCCCCAAGGCCUACGCCAUCGGGGCGCCAGCGAGUCCGCCUGCUCAGGCUGAUAAGUCAGACAUCUGA